AUGUUUCCCAAGACAGUCAAAACGACAAUGCUAGUAGUAGCUAUGCUAAGUCUAGGUGGUCAUUGCGGAUCCGGAGACACUAGCAGGCCAGCACCUUGGUGGGGGGGCUCGACGCGCAGAAGUGACUGCAAGUUGCGCUUUCUUGCGAGAGAUGUUGCUCAUUUUAUUGCACAAGAUGCUGUUCUUGUGAAACGAGCGAUUUGCUCUGACAGCUGCUGCGGGACCGAACACCGAUACCCAAAAACUGUUGGACUCUGGACGCAGAUUGCCCCCAUCUUGACCUUCAUUCGUGUCAACAGCCGCCCUACUGGAUCGCCUCGAGGGUACCCCACGCUGUUUGUCUGGUACUCGAGAGAAAACCAUCGUUCGUACCUGUUUUUCGCCUUUCUCGGAACCAAAAUGGCCCCCGUCACAUACUCCGCGCAAGAGUUGCUUCGAAUGAAGUCUAUUCCCGCCAGGAAAGAGAUAUAUGACGAGCUCUGUCAGAAGCUCCAAAAAGACCUUUCUCUCGAAGACAUUCUGCGUUUCCCCGUCAAUCGAUCUCUGCCUUUGAUUCCAGAAGAAGAGACCGAGAAAGUGACGGCUGCUCCCAACGGCAAUCUUGCUCCUGUUCAGCAACUCGAUGGCACAGAUUCGGAGUGGAGAUAUCGCGGUCGGACAGAGAACGAAUCUGGCGAGCCACAGCCAAUUUCGGCGCCACCGGGUCUUGUUGCCCAAAAGGACGAAGGCUUCCAACGCUUUUACAAAGCUGUAGUUUCGCCUUCCCAUGUCAGGGUUACAGCAGGCGGACGGAUUGUUCCAAAUACAAGGGCUUCUUCAUCCCCCACUGGCAAAUGGUCAAAGGAAAAGUCUGGUUCGGGGAGUCUCUUCCCCGCGCGCCCAUUGGAGCGGGAUUCUGCUGAUGCUGCGAUAACAAAUGGCACCCAGUAUCCGUACGGCGUUUUCCCUCCUAUGUAUCCAGGAUAUACUCCUGCCAUGCACGGAUCUGCAUACCCAAUGUUUCCGUGGCAGAUCUACAACACAUUUUGUCUGCCUCCGCCUAUGCCACAAACAGCAUUUCCGAAAGCCAGCGACAAAGAUAAUUCCCGAAACCAGCAGGACGGUGUUGAUGACCGCCAAGAAGGGGUAGAUCCUUCUACACACCAAAAUGCUGCUCCUAUGGGUGGCAGCCGGCCCUAUUACUUCAACGGCCAGUGGGCUAUGCCUCAUAAUCCAUCCCUUUUUGCCUAUGGCAUGCCUGCGUUUUCCGGCUUUCCUCAUCCAUCAAUGCUUGGGCCAGUUACAGCUCCAACAGCAUUACAGUCCACAACUUCGGCCUCGGUUUCGGCCACAGCUGCCCCUGCAUCUGCUCCUGUCAAGGUCGACAAGCCUGCCGUCGAAACUGCAAAGCCCAGUCCUGCUGCGGCUGCUUCGCCAACUACACAAACCACAGGUUCCUUACCAAACCCUCCUAUAUCCUCAAUUCGACCCAGUGAAAUCACCAAAAAGCAAAUUGAUGUUCUGAGGGGAUCUUUAAAAUAUCUUGAAGACCAACUUCUUUACAACAAACAUCAAAUUGAUGAAAAGUGGAUGGAGUACCAGGCACACAUGGUUCGCCAGCAAGUGGAGCAAUUCGAGAAGAAUCUUGAGAACCAAAAAAGCUUUGAGGAAAGUUAUUAUCCAAAGACAAAGGAGAACUCUUCUGCAUCUUCAGUCUCCAUUACACUCCCCCAUGCGUCUGCAGACGAGCCAUCCAACCGCCCUCCUCCAAACUCUCUUCAGGAUUGUAUGAGCAACUCUGUGCAAAUGCCAUGGCGCGAGAAAGACCGAGAAUAUUUUCAAGCUCAGCAAGGCAUCAAUUCUACCAAGUCCGUCAGCCUCUUUGCUCCCAAGAGGCUCGGGAGCACAGCAGACCCUACUAAAAAACCCUCAACGCUGCCGGUUCAUGCGGCUCUUGCACCGCCUUUUCAGCCACAGAAUGAAGGGUCUGGCCAUUCUUCGUUCUUCUCCUCCCGGAAGCCAGAGAUUCCGUAUCUAAUCGGCAUGAUACCGACCGGGGGCAACCCAGACAAGGCUCGGGAGACUGGCUAUCAAUAUGUGCGGGAUCUCACUGACGAUGAGCUUCGUGCACGCCACAUGUACUGGGGUAAAACCCCUCAUCACCUACAGCGCGGCCUUCCCAAGUUUGACGGAAAAGACUUUUACCCGCCCUCUCCUACGAAAGAUCGAUCUUCAGAGUCAAAUGAUCCGUUGAUGGAUGUGCAAUCAGAAAGCGACGGUCCACGAAGUGCUAAUGGAUCUGUCUAUGAUCCGUUCCGAUCCCUGGGCAGACUAAGACAGCGAGUUGUCCGAGGCGCUCUCGGUCAGACAACACAAUCCGAGGCGUUGGCCCGAAACUCGAGCUGUGGCAGCUCGAUUAUGGAACGCGGCGCAUCAUGCACGGGCAAGAUUGGUCGCCAGGGUGAAGACGCUCGCAAGAAUGUGGAUCCAGCAGCAACUACUGCCACUGCGUCUUCGAGAUUCAAUUCGGAGUCUGAAGAAGGCGAGGACGGUCGAAGCAUUCUCUUCAAGGGCCGUAAGCCAGCAGCCUCAGCAGGAACCAAGUCCCGCAACGACAUUUGGCAGAGUAUGCUCAACAAAGGAAAAUCCAGCGGGCAGCUCGUUCCUAGCACGAUUUCCUCCGCGACCGCACAGGGUGUCCUACCCCAAUACCGAGGCCACGCAACAGCAUACUUAACACCAACCAUUGCAAAUACCUCCGCGCCAGCGCGGUCUACUACAGCAAAUGGAAAGGCCGCCGAGAGCGGUGAUCUUAUUCAGCUCAAGUCGCCCGAAAUUGUACAGGCCGAGAACUUGCCGCCGGCUGUGGCAAACGACAAUGAACCGAUUCGCCAAGAUAGCCUUCACAAAUUUAACCCACAGGGAAUAUUGUCUCAGUAA